CAGUUUCGUUCGUCUCUUGUCGUCUGUCGUCGUCUGUCGCAUGUGUUGCAGGCAGGUUAUGUUUUGAGUGAAUGUUCCAGAAAACCAUUCUCAAUUCGUGUGAUAAAGUUGUUUAAGAAGUCAUCUAUUCUCUUGACGCUUUUAUUUUUAAGCAACAUAAUGGGUGACGAAGAAGUCAAGACAACUUCUGUUGUGGAUGAUGCUUGGAAUUUGAAGCCAGAACCAUUUAAAAAAGGGGAUAUGAAGCAUCCUCUUGUAGAAGAAAGCUCCUUUGCAUCACUCUUCCCUAAAUAUCGAGAACAAUACCUAAAGGAGUCCUGGCCUCUUAUAGAAAAAAAAUUGGAUGAAUUUGGCAUAUAUGCAGGCUUGGACCUUGUUGAGGGCAGUAUGUGUGUGAAGACGACUCCCAAAACUUGGGAUCCGUCAAUGCUUUGUAAAGCUCGAGAUUUAUUAAGACUUCUUGCUCGUUCUGUGCCCUAUGAGCAAGCCCUAAGAGUUUUAGACGAUGAGACUGGAUGUGAUAUUAUUAAAAUAGGAACAAUGGUUCGAAACAAAGAGAGGUUUGUGAAGAGACGGCAGCGACUUAUUGGACCUAACGGCUGCACUUUAAAAUCCAUUGAACUUCUGACAGGCUGCUAUGUUCUAAUUCAAGGAAACACAGUAGCAGCUCUAGGACCAUACAAAGGCUUGGUUGAUGUCCGAAAAAUUGUAGAAGAUACUAUGAGAAAUAUACAUCCUAUCUACAAUAUUAAAGCAUUAAUGGUCAAGAAAGAACUAGCGAAAGACCCCAAACUCAAAGGGGAAAGCUGGGAUCGGUUUCUUCCUAAAUUCUCAGGUAAAACUGUGAAAACAAUUAAACCCAAGAAGAAGAAGAAUAAGAAACCAUACACUCCGUUCCCACCUGCCCAACCUGAAUCGAAGGUUGACGUUCAACUUCGGACAGGAGAGUAUUUCCUCAAAAAAGAAGAAGUGAAACAAAAUUGGCUCCGUAAGAAGCAGGAAAAGCAGGAACGAAUUGCGAAGAUGCGCCAGGAACAGAGAGGAGAAGCAUUUGUUGCUCCUGAUGAACCCUCUACAUCUAAUUCUCGGGAUUCUAAGAAAUCUAAUGAUGUCAAUAUAGAUGACUUGAAGAAAAAAAUUAAUAUGGCAAAGAAAAAGAAGAAAUCAGUUUAGUGUGUAGUGUCUUAUUGAAAUUUUAUGUGGAAGUGGAUGUGGUAAGGCUGAGCACGUGUCUUGUUAUUGUGGUGUUCCAUAACAUGUAGCAAAGUGAUGAUGAAAGUACACCAAAAACAUUA